AUGCUGCUGCAUGGUUGGUUCAGCACGACACUAGCUAGCUUGGUUGCUAAGAUAUAUAGAUCAAAAGCGCUCACAUGGGAAGUGAUGCUCAUCAACAGCUCCCUAGCAACAACCAACAACACAGGUACCACACACACACACACACACACACACACACCACGCUACUCUCAAGCAGUCAAGCUCACCACCAUCCAACACCAUCAACCAUGGCACUUGUUGUGUAGCGGCUUCUUCAUCUCGAGCAAGAUGGGGACAGGAGCGUUGGGCUCCGUCAUCGUCAAGCUCGCCACCUUGCUCGGAGACGGGUACACGAUGCUCAAGGGGACUCGCAAGGACAUCGCGUUCCUCGAGCGCGAGCUCCGCACGAUGCAGAUCCUGGUGAACAUGCUGGCGGGCAUGGAGGGGCUGGACAAGCUGGCCAUGGACUGCAAGGGCAGCAUGCGCGAGCUCGGCUACGCCAUGGAGGAGUGCAUCGACCGCUUCAUGCUCCGCCUCGACGAAAACGACAUGGAGAUGGAGGCCGCGCCAUCGUUCCCGAGGAGCACCGCGCGACAGCUCAAGACAAUAUUUGCUCUCCAUGGAGUUGGAGCCCAGAUCAAGAAGCUCAAGGCCCGCGUCACGGAGGAGGGAGAGCGGCGGCGAAGGCUGAAUCUCGAUAACUAUGUCCAGAUGACGAUAGAUCCUCGGUUAGCUGCGUUCCAUGAAAGGCCCAAGGACCUGGUGGCCAUUGACGGCCCCAGGGACGAGGUCAUCUCUUUGUUGACGGAGGGGAGCGUGGACCUGAAGGUGGUGGCCAUUGUUGGAGGUGGAGGGCUGGGAAAGACCACCCUUGCCAUGGAGGCCUAUCGCAAGAUUGGACGACACUUCCAGUGUCGAGCUUCUGUGUCGGUGUCACGCACCCUUGACCGCGACAAGCUCUUGAAAGAUCUCCUUUCUCAAAUCGACCAAGUUGCAUUUGAUGAUUGUCAGUCGGAGAGGUGGGACAAAGAUCAACUAAUUCGUCGGAUCCGACACAUUUUGACAGGAAAGAGGUACUUGCUUGUUAUUGAUGAUGUAUGGAAAGAACAAGACUGGAAAUUUGUCAAAGCAGUUUUUCCUGACAGUUAUAAUGGCAGCAGAAUAAUUGUUACUACACGCAUCGCCAAUGUAGCUAAGUCAACUUGUUCUCACUCUGGCGGUCAGCUCUAUCAAAUGCUACCUCUGAACUAUAUUGAUUCCCGAAGAUUGUUCUUUAAGAGAAUUUUCCACUCCGAUAAUUCCUGCCCUCCUCAACUAGAAAAGAUUUCAGCUAGGAUCUUAAGGAAAUGUGGUGGCCUGCCACUUGCUAUAAUUACCAUCGCAAAAUUGCUAUCCAAUAAACAUCAAACGCCAGAUGAAUGGGAGAGACUCCAAGGUUCCAUUGGUACCGGUCUUUCAUAUAAGAAUAUAUCGUUACUUGGUUAUUGGGAUCUUCCACACCACCUCAAGACUUGUUUGUUGUACUUAUGUAUAUAUCCAGAGGGCGGGUAUAUCUCGUGUGAAGAAGUGAAAUGGAAAUGGAUACUUGAAGGAUUCGUUGCUACAAAACGGGGGAAUUUGUAUCAAGAAGCAGAGAGUUAUUUCAGUGAACUUGUCAACAGAAGCAUGAUCCAGCUAGUUAAUGUUGACGAUGACAACUUUGAGCAAUACUGUCAGGUUCAUGUGAUGGUGCAUGACCUUCUAAUAUCCUUGACAGAUUAGGAGAAUUUUUCCACUAUUUAAAUGGUGAUAAGCUUGGGCUGCACAGUCAUGUGCCAUGUCAUUGUAUUUCCUGGGACUAUGUAUAACCUGAAUUUGAACAUUGGUUGUGAAAGAUAGAUGACUCCUGAUUUUCCCAGUGUCCAGGGUUGUCGUGAAGAUCUCUAGAUGAAGCAUCAUGUGCUAGAAUCAGAUUGGCUGUUGUGAAUAUGGUCUCUCAUGUUGUGAUUGGUGUGGCUACUUCGGCAGCCGUUUGAAUAGCCAAUGCUGUAACUUGGAGUGGAGAGCCCAGCUGCUAUUCUGCUGGGAUGCUAAUGCCACACCUUCUGCUGGGCUGCUAAUGUUACCCUGCUGCUAUUCUUCUUGUACUUUACUGCACAUCUGCUGGUAAUGGUCUUGUAAUGCUCAAUCUGUGGUCUUCUCUCAUGUGCAGUUGGUUCCUGCUGUGUUCUUUUUUCUUUUUUUCUUUGCGAAAGAUCCUGUUAUGUUGACCA